GUGGUGGAGGAGGAGGAGGAGGAGGAGGGGGGGGUGUUGGUGGAAGGGGAGGGGGUGGUGGUGAACCUCCCGUGGUUUGCCGACUUGGACCCUCCAGAGCCCGAGGUGGUGGCGAGCAUCAUUGAGGAGGUGGAGCGAAUGCUGUCGAACGAGGCCCUAUCACGUGACCCCUUUCUGCUCAAGCACGUGCGCCGCAACGGCCCGGGCUACGUGAGCGUCAAACUCCUGACCUCUCUACGCGGGGUGCGGCGGCUGACUCGCGACUGGAGGGUCUCCUCCUUGGCGCUGCGCCGCUCCUCCCACCUGCAACUCAACGCAGCCGGCACCAAGGUCCGGCGCCUCGACAGCCUCCCCACUCACCUCCUCGCUCCUCCGGCCUCCCCCGGUGCGGCCGCUUUAUCUGGUGGUGACGGUGACAUCCGGCAGACACCGUCGCCUCCUCCGGACGUUUGCGCUGCCGGCCUUGGCUCCCCCGGCCUUCGAGCCGGUGCAGCAGAGGGCAGCGGCGGCAGCGGCAGACAGAGCAUGGCCACUCAGUGCGGCCUGGGCGAUGAAGGCUCCUCCGCGUGUUCGGAGCCGCACGGUGACGACGGUAAUGACGACGAUGGCGACGGUGGCGCAGAGGGGCAGCAGAGGGCGGCGAGCGGCGGUGGCGCUCUCCGUCUUGGCGGCCCCGGCGCCGGCUCGCUGGCGGUGGCAGUGGUGCUGGCAAAAGAUGCCAUAAGCGUCGGCACCCAGACCCCGUGCGACCCGUCGCCGGUCGGCCGCGCUGAUUUCGACUACGACGUGUGGGUCAACGAGUGGCCGUGUUGCGACCGUGACCAUGUUUACAGCGGCGGCUAUGACGACGUCUGCGACUGUAGUGACGACUCUGAUGGCGGCGGCGGCGAUGGCGAUGGUGGUGGGAUCUUUGAGGUGAUGGCGUACAGCCCCUGGGUGGUUCGCCACCGGCUGGCCGCACUGCGUGCCGCUCGCUCUGGAGGUGCCGGUGCGAUCGGUGCCGGCGGCGGCUAUGGUGGUGGUGGUGGCUCCGCGAGACUCUCCUCCUCCUCCUCCCCGCGGAUCCUGCGUCUUCCCCGGGGUCCCGACGGCACGGGUGGCUUCGCGCAGCGCGGUGCGGUGGCCGGGCACGGGCAGCAGCCCGACGGCGCCACCGCCCCCGGUAGCGCCGUCGGCGAGGCGGCGGCGAUUUACGUGGACGGAGACCGGUGGGACCUGAGUUGGGGCCCUGGGCCCUCUUCGUCCCUGCACUGACGACGGCGUCUCUCGCCCCAACGUCUGGUGGUGGUGGUGAUGGUGAUGGUGGUGGUGAUGGUGGUGGUGAUGGAGGAUUAGUGUGUCCAGGGUCCCCGUUGGCUUUGCAUGCCGCGGCGUCUCCUAGACCCCAAGGCACCGUGCGUUUCAUGCUGAGCAAUGUAGCACUCUGUCCAUCCGUCAUCGCGGGGUCGUUGAUUUCCGAUGAUGGCGAUGACCGUGGGGUUACGCGCAUGCCACGUGAUUGCGUGGAUGGCCGCUCCAUUAACCAACCUGCAGCAGGUUCCCUUGCAUU